CGAUUGAAAAUAUUCGAAAAUUAUAUGUCGAGGUUUGCUUUUCAGACCCAUCGUUUGUCUUAUUCUUCUGUCUCUCAUUUAUUUCUGAAGAAGAAGACGUGUGUCUCUUUAUGCAAACGAAGGUGUUGUCAUAAUAACUCUGGUUUUGCUUUGCGAGGAAUUCACAUGGAUGUGACUACCUCUUCUAAAGUGAGAAAACUUUCUCAACCCCAACAUUUGUUGGAUACAGUGCAAAUCUUUAUUUUCGAUUGUGAUGGUGUGAUAUGGAAAGGGGACUCUUUGAUAGCUGGUGCCAAGGAACUGAUCACCCAACUCAAGGACUUGGGCAAACGGGUGUACUUCAUCACCAACAACUCUACCAAGAGUAGGGCAUCAUAUUUGAAAAAGUUCCGUUCACUGGGUUUAGAUAACGUCGAUGCAGAAGAAAUCCUUUCUUCUUCGUAUGCUGCUGCAGCUUAUCUUACUAGUAUUCAUUUUCAGUCAAAAGGGAAGAAGGUUUAUGUUAUCGGUGAGAAGGGGAUCGAAGAAGAGUUAGAGAAGCAUCAUAUUGCUUAUCUCGGAGGUGAAUCUGAUAAAGAUAAAGUUCCAGAUAUGCGACCUGGAGGCAAAGUGGUGCAAGAUUCCCAAGUUGGUGCUGUGGUGGUCGGAUUUGAUCGAUACAUCAAUUAUUACAAAAUUCAAUAUGCCCAAUUGUGUCUUUCACAGAAUUCAGAGUGUUUGUUUAUUGCAACCAAUUUGGAUAGUGUUACACAUCUUACGGAUGCUCAGGAGUGGGCUGGAAAUGGAGCUAUGGUGGGUGCCAUUCGUGGCUGCACACAAAAGGAACCAAUAGUUGUUGGAAAACCUUCUCCAUUACUUAUAAAUGAUGUCAUCCAAAAGCAUCAACUGGAACCUUAUCAGAUUUGUAUGGUGGGAGAUCGUCUCGAUACGGAUGUCCUGUUUGGAAAAAAUAACGGACUGCAGACAGUUUUGAGUCUCUCUGGAGUCACUACAAUAGAAAAGGUGCUUUCUGAUAAAAACAAGAUUCUUCCCGAUUAUUAUAUACAAAGUAUUGCAGAUUUGCUCUCUAAGAAUAUAUAAAUGCAAGGGGUUAGCAACGUGUUUUCACUCAACCUAAUAAGCCUCCAUAUUUUCUUUUUCUGUUUUGAUAAUGCAAGCAGGCCUCAUAUAAAUGUUUCCAAGUGAAGUCUGGCCAUAAAGUUUCAGUCAUAUAGAGCUCCGUAUAAGCAACUUGCCACAAUAUGAAAUUAG